GCGUAAAAACACGACCUUGUACUAUCAAACAGACAGAAAGACAACUAGCCUCCUCCGGCCUAAAUUCACCAAAUAAAUAAAUUUAUAUAUCUUCUUCUUCUUCUUCACCGGCGCCGCUAUAUAUACACUUACAUGUCAUCUCUUUCAUUUCACUCCAAACCAAAUCAAUUCCAUAAUUAAUUAACAAUCAUGGUUUUCUCCCUCUCCCUCUCCUCAUUCCUCUCUCUUCUACUAAUAAUUAUGAUCUCCUUCUUCUCCAUUAAUCUCUCUUCAGCUGAAGACUCAACCACCAUCUGUAAAUCCACUCCCGACCCUUCAUUCUGCCGCACCGUCCUCCCAAACAACAACAGCUCCGCCAAUGUCUAUGACUACGGCCGUUUCUCCGUCAAAAAAUCCAUUUCCUCAGCUCGCAAGUUUCAAUCUUUAAUUGAAAUGUACCUUCGCAACCCAUCCGCCUUAACCCCCGCCGCCAUCGCCGCCUUACUCGACUGUCGCCUCCUCGCCGGACUCAACAUAGAUUAUCUCAACACCGCAUUCGCCACCGUCGGUUAUACUUCUAAGACCCUGCCCGUAGUUCAAGCCGAUAACGUCCAGACUUUUCUAAGCGCUAUUUUGACCAACGUUCAGACUUGUUUGGAUGGGAUUCAAUCGACGGCUCAAUCGUGGAGAUCCAAGAAUGGAGUUGUUUCGCCGCUCGCCGCCGAUGCUAAGCUUUUUAGCGUCUCGCUUGCUCUUAUUACUAAGGGUUGGGUUCCUAAGAUUAAGAAAGGACCGUCCAAACCGAGAAAGAAACAUUUGACUUUCCAAAAUGGUAAACUUAAUGUGAAAAUGAAUAGUCAACAGAAAGCCAUUUUUGAGGCCGCAAGCAGAAGGAAUCUCCAACAGACGAAUACUACUUCUGAUAUGGUUCUUGUUAACGACAUCGUCGUGGUUAGUCAAGACGGCAGCGGGAACUUCACUGCCAUAAACGACGCUAUCGCCGCCGCUCCAAACAACACCGCCGCGAGCGACGGCUACUUCUUGAUUUAUGUCACCGCCGGAGUCUACCAGGAGUACGUAUCCAUCGCGAAGAACAAGAAAUACUUGAUGAUGGUCGGAGAUGGGAUUAAUCAAACGAUUAUCACCGGUAAUCAUAGCGUUGUUGAUGGUUGGACCACCUUCAAUUCUGCAACUUUUGCUGUGGUGGGACUAGGUUUCGUGGGAAUGAAUCUAACAAUUAGAAACACCGCCGGGGCAAUAAAGCAUCAAGCGGUGGCACUCCGAAACGGCGCCGAUCUCUCAACGUUCUACGGUUGUAGCUUCGAAGCAUACCAAGACACCCUAUACGUCCACUCCCUCCGACAAUUCUACACUGAAUGCGAUGUCUACGGAACAGUAGAUUUCAUCUUCGGAAACGCAGCAGUUGUCUUACAAAACUGCAACAUGUAUCCAAGAAUGCCCAUGUCGGGGCAAUUCAACGCGAUCACAGCUCAGGGUCGAACCGAUCCGAACCAGAACACGGGUAUAUCGAUCCAAAAGUGCACGAUUAAGGCUGCGGAUGAUUUAGCACCGAAUGUCGGAACAGUUAAUACGUAUUUAGGACGACCGUGGAAGUUGUAUUCGAGAACGGUUUAUAUGGACAGUUUUAUGGAUAGUUUGAUAAAGCCGUUGGGUUGGCGAGAGUGGGAUGGGGAUUUUGCUUUGAACACGUCAUAUUAUGCUGAGUAUAAUAAUAGGGGUCCGGGAUCUGACACGUCAGGAAGGGUGACGUGGACGGGAUACCAUAUUAUUAAUGCGACGGACGCCGGGAACUUUACGGUGGCCAAUUUUCUUUUGGGGAAUGAUUGGUUGCCUCAAGUUGGAGUGCCAUACACUGAUGGGCUGUGAAUUUAUUUAUUUUUCUUUCUUUUUCUUUGUGUUAAUUAUUAUGUUCUUUGAUUCUUGCAAUUGUUUGGUCAAAAGUAUAGGUAAGUUAGCUAGAAGGAUUCGGAGUUAAUAAUGAAUGUUGUAGUACUGAUCGAAUCAUCAUGUGAAGUAAAACAUGAUGAAAUUUGGCUUUGAGCAAACAUAUAUAAUUGUUGUUGGGAUAAUUCA